AUGGACCUAUCGUUCUCUUCUUCGAAUGUCCGGGUUAACAACCAUAUACCCGAUGAUAUUGUCUUCUCUAUUCUCUCCAAACUCUCUCUUUCUGGUGAGAGGUUUCAGAAUAAAGUUAGAUUUCAUUGGGACAAGCUUCCUCUAAGAGAUAGGAGAAACAACUUUUCUUUUGAUAUUUUGAGUCCCAUUAGUUUUAAUGGCACUCUUUUUCUAAAAUAUUAUAACUUCUAUGGCACUCAUAAAUUCAUGUUGUGGAACCCCACAACCAUGGAAUUCAAGAUCUUUUCUGCCAAAUCUGAUUGUUUUUCAAAGGUUUGGUCCGAUCAUUAUCAAGUCGGUUAUGAUCAUGUUAAAGAUGACUAUAAGAUGAUUAGGCUCACUCAUUGUCGUUCCAGAAGUAUCCAUGGGAUUUCUUCCUUCUGGGAGAUAUUUAGCCUAAACAAUAACUAUUGGAGAAAAAUUGAUGAUCAUUUUCCUCUCGCAUGUAUAUGCCAUGAAGCAGUGUACCUGGAUGGAGUGUCUCAUUGGUUGGAAAGAACGGAAACACAUAUACGUUUGGUGUCAUUUGACUUCUGCAAAGAAUCUUUCAUUACAACAUCCAUGCCCUCCGACACAGAUGGUGUUUUUGAUUUCAAUUCGACUAGGGAGAUAAUAUUGACGGUAUUAAAUAGAUCUAUUGCUUUUAUACUAAAUUAUGAAGAGACAUCUACACUUCAUAUUUCAAUUUUGGGUGAACUCGGUGUAAAAGAAUCAUGGACUAAACUCUUUAUUGUUGGACCUUUAACUUGCCUUAACUUUCUUAUCGGAGUAGGGAAGAAAGGAAAUAUAUUGAUCACUAAGAAAGACAAUGAACUAGCUUGGUUUGAUAUAAGUACCGAGACCAUUGAUGAGAUUGGUAUUACUGCGAAAUCAUAUUGCAAGAUAUCAAUCCAUAAGGAAAGCCUUCUUCCAAUUGGAGGAAUAUACCGUGAAUUUUCUUCUUGUUUUCAGCCGCAUGAUAUAUGA